ACGUCGACGUUCCUGCAAACUUAGUUCUCCGAUAAGAAAAAUGAUUGGCAACGAAUCUUCGGCAGAGGACCGACAUGAAGGCCGAGCAGGAAAGACUGUCUCGAAGGUAGAAGCUCUCUACGUCGGUCUGAUGUGCUUCGCCGCCACGUGCUUGAGUUCGGUUUCCCUGGAGGUUGGCACAGGAUCUCCCCUAGGUCACGCAGUGACAUCCAGAUCCGCAGCUUUCGACGCCCUUUUCCGUCGUAGUUAUGGUCUCAAGAUCAAGAUCCUGGCCACCAGCGUCAUCUCAGGCUUCAUCUCGACCAUAAUGGUGGCUUGUGGGGAUAAAUACGGGAAUCCCUAUCUCUACAUCCCCUGGCUUAUCAACACCCUUCGAGGAAUGGCUCUUCGCGAAGGCCCUGCUCUUCUGGACAUGAUUUAUGCUCUGCUUCCUGACGCUGGCGUGCCUUCGGGAACCUUCGUCUUCAUCGCGCUUCUUCUAUACGUCGAGGAGCUCUGCCUAUGGAACGACGUUUUCUCCAGCUUUCAACGUUGUUGGGCCCAAUACAACGACAGAAAAUUCCGGACUAAGGAGAAGAAGGAACGUCGAGGCUAUUCUCGAAAGAACGUGGAUUUUGCUCCCGAAGAGGCCGACCUCGAAGAAGAAUCUGAAGACAUACCGAAAUCAAUGAAUUCCUCACCUGCACAGAUGGUAUCUUCGGGAUCCUCGAUUGUCAAUCAACGAGCCAAAAACAUCCUUGCCGAAGGAAAAGCUCGCACGGGUCGCAGUCGAUUUACUCAAGUCACCGGUUGACACUUCUUUCUCUUUGG